AGAAAGCUUCUCAUGCAGAGCUGAGGGACAGUCAAGGUGACACAAGGUAAAGACAGAUAAGUCCAAGGCACACAAUGAGGAUGAAACACUACAUUUUACUUGUGGUGAACAUUGCCGUUUCAUCAGCAGUCUCCAUGAAUCCAAAUGGACCAGUGCUAGUGAAUGUUGGUGAAGAAAAGGACAUACCAGAGGCAAACAAGGAUUUGCAUGAUGAUAUCCUGGAGGCUCCAAACAUACAACGAAGUGCUGUCAUCGAUGAUAACUCACUCUGGACAUCUCCAGUUCCAUAUGUCUUGGAAAAGGACCUUGAGAUGAAUGCUAAAGGACUCAUCCUGAGAGCAUUUGACCAGUUCAGGCUGAAAUCAUGCAUCGACUUCAAACCAAGGGACUCUGAGGAAUAUUACAUUUCUGUCCAAAAGCGGGGUGGAUGCUUUUCAUAUGUGGGGCGAACUUUCUCUGGUGGACAGGUCCUCUCCAUUGGGAGAUUUUGUGAUAGGUUAGCCACUGUUGAACAUGAGUUUCUCCAUGCCCUCGGCUUCUACCAUGAACAAUCCAGAUACGACAGAGAUGAUUAUGUGACGAUUGCAUUUGAAAACAUCAUAAAAGGUCGUGAGAAUAAUUUUCACAAAAUUGGCAGUGAAAAAAGCACCACCCAGGGAGUCCCAUAUGACUACCUCUCAGUGAUGCACUAUGGCAAAAAUUUUUUCUCCAAUGGCAAUGGAUCAACAGUUAUCACCAAAGAUCCAAAGUUCCAGGAUGUGAUUGGUCAAAGGCUGGAAAUGAGUCCCUGUGAUGUUAUGGAGCUGAACCUACUCUACAAAUGCAAUUCAUCCAUUGCCUUCAAGAUGCACUGUGGCUUUUCUGACGGGACUAUGUGUCAAAUGAAACACUGUUCACGCACUAGUACUAGCUGGGAACUAGUACAAUAUGCUCAGGGGGGUCCUACUUCUGACCACACCAGUCUGCCCGAUGGAAAUGGUGAUCAAGGUCAAGGUUCAGGUCACUUCAUGCAUGCUAGCACAGCAUCAGGUCAGGAGGGAGACUCAGCCUGGCUGGAGACCCAGAGGAUGAGUCUCAACAGGGAGUGUCCCAGCCAGUGCCUCCAGUUCUACUAUUACCACAGUGGGAACCACUUAGACGAACUCAACAUCUGGAUGAGAGAGUUUCAAGAUGAACAGGACUCCACAGGAACCCUCCGCCUCAUGGCACAGAUCACUGGGACACCAACAUCUCACUGGCAGCUCCAGCAUGUUCCUCUGAAUGCCACCAAGAACUUCCAGGUGGAGUUUGAGGUUCGUAAAGGACCAGGGAACUCUAAAGGUGGCUUCUCAAUUGAUGACAUCAAUCUGUCUGAGACAGAGUGUCCACAUCUAACCAUGCAGAUGGAUGAGUUUGAGAAGGUUUUGAACACCACUGAGUUUUCAGCCAUUAAAUACAGCGGACGGCAAUACUCCAGAGAGGGCUAUGCUUACAGGAUAGCAACAAUAUUCUACGGACAAUUCUUUGGAAUGUAUGUGCAACUCGUGUCUGGUGACUAUGAUGACCAGCUGGAGUGGCCUUGCCCAUAUAGACAGGUGACAUUCAAAAUGCUGGAUCAGAACCCCAACAUACAGCUGCAGAUGUCAAGUCAAUUCAGUCUCACCAGCGACCCAAAUUUAGCCAGCAGUGAUGGUAGGUACUAUUGGGACAAUCCUCGUAAGAUUGGAACUGAAGUUACAGAUGAGUACGAUGAAACAUUCUUUGCUGGAUUUCUGAUUGGCUCAUAUUCUUCGUCUUUGGAAAGAAUGAAAUCCAAGGAGUUCCUCAAGGGGGGGAGUGCCAUUUUUGUCUUCAGUUUCCAAGAUCUCACUCCUCUUGUAAAUGGAAGUGUACUUCCAUGUCCUCAGAUCCCACCAGUGAGGAUUACAAAUCCGCCCCGAGCUCAGGAUAAUGGCCCAUGCUCACUGCCCUCAACCAGCACCACUACAACUCCUCAAACAACAGAUGAUAACAGGUCCUCAACCACCACGUCUUCACCUCCUCAAACAACAGAUGACAAGAGUAUUUUUGGCUUCUCUCCCAACAUGGUGGCAUCUCCUCUCCUCACCCUGCUGCUGGCACUGAUGCUUUUGACUCGCUGAAGGGCGUCUCCUAUCCACAUCUCACCUCUUUACAUGGACAGCAGCAGCAAAUUUGCCAAAUUCCUUUUAGAGUUCAGUCAUUUUGUUGUUGUUAUCUAGAUAUGCUAAAAAGGGGAAGCAGCAGUACCCAGUGACUACUGAGGAGGGACACAUGCCGUAGCUUGACUCUAUUAUGGGGGAAUUUAACACUGAACUAUAUAGUACGUUGAGAAAGUUCUAAUAAAAUGGUUGACUUUUGGUGAUGGGAACACUUUGUUUGGAUGAUUAGCUGAAAGUGUAUUUUUUUCUUGGUUCAAAUAACCUCUGUAACAAGACAACAAGCUGGAACACCAACCCUGAACUUGAAGCACGCAAUGCACAUACUCUGAGAAUGACAAAAGCAAAGAAGGAAUCCUGCUUGUGACAAGAGAAAGGUUGAAAAUAAAUGUGUGUCUUUUCAGUUUUU